UUUAAGAAAAUUUGGCAAUGACUUCAAAUAUACAGGCUAGCUAGCUACAGCCCAAGAAAAUUAUGCCAUCCCACUCUUUUUAGCUUCUCGUCCAAAACUCUCUAUGCCGAAAGCUAUUUUCUUGCUUUAGCAUGGCUCCAAUGGAAGUUAGCUCUAAAGAGAGAAAAUUCAGAAAAGCUUGUUUUCUGGGUUGUUUUGGAUUUUCCAUUAAUAAAAAAAAAUUAUCUUCUGAUUAUGUUAAGUCAGCCGGCAGCAAAAAAAGAAGGAAGUCUUUCUUGUUAAUUUCUAAAUUUGUGGGGAAGCAGUCGGCGGCGGCAGAAACUAUUCCGGUGGACAUAUCGGAGAAGUUCAACCGGAGUAGAGAAAUUCAUGAUGUGGUGUUGCCGGAGAAGAAGGCUUCUGUUAAAACUCCGGCGACCACCGAUCAGGUGCCGGUUAAUUGUCAAACAAAUAUACCUGAGAAGGUUAAUAAUAAGAAGGACGAUAAUAAAACUCAGGACAACAUCCACAGAAAGAACAAAAGUGUGGAUCAAUUGUUCGACAACGCACAAGAACAUUCCACGUGUCCAAGUGAAUUUUCAAGGAGUGCUACUAUUUCUAGUGCUCAUAAUUUGAGCCACUUUAAUUCACUAAAAUACAAGCAUGAUAUCAAGCUUUCCCACUCAGUAUCUCUGCCGCCAUCAAAACGGAAGAAACCACCGGCGGCGACCACCAACGGUGAAGUCAACGACGAGAAGUCGAGUCAACGACAUGAUCAAGAAAUUAAUAACAGCUACUUUGAUUCAAUUAUUGGGAUGUCAAUUCUAAUGGUGACCCUAUUGAUAAUGUUGUUUUGGGGCAAGCUUUGUGCGAUUAUUUGUACGUCUGCAUGGUUUUAUUUUCUUCCUCGGUUUCGACCGAAGAAUGAAGCGAUCGUUGCCGGAAGAAAUGGUGGAGUCGCCGGCGAUGUUGAUGUGAACUCCGACGAGUAUAAGAAGAAAGUUGUGUUGGAAGGGUUUUUGGAGAGAAACCAUAGGAGUGGUGUUGGAUUUUUGUAGUCUUUUGCUAAUGAUUUGUUUUUUCCUUUUAGGAAAAACCUAUUUGUUUAAUUUUUGUCCUUUAUGGGUGGAAUAUUUUGUAUUUAUUUUUUAAAACCAAAAAAAAAAGGGAAAGGAAAAGAAAGAAAAGGAGAAACACUUGUUUUUUUUCAUUUCGAUUGAAUAUUUUUGUGUAAAUUUUUGACAUAUAUGUGAGUGUUCAAAAGAUAUGGCUAUUUGUUAUUAGAA